CCGAGAGAUCCUCUUAACCGCCCUCCUGAGUACUUAGUACCUAGUACGUACGUAGUACCGACCCUACGUCUAUAAGUUGGCUGGUCUGUGGUGAGCUCUUGCUCCUCGCCGUUUUCCUCUCCAGUUGUGUUUUGGUUCUUGGAUGGCUCGAGUUCGUUGUUGUAGGGUUGGUUUUCAAUAGUGGCCGAGGCCGUGAUGAAGGCCAGAAAGUGCUGAUCCAAAGUGAAGUGAAAUCAUGCUACGUUUCUUCUCCCGGAGGCACAAGCCUCGUCGGGAUCAGAAAGCCGGAGCUGCCGAGCAUUAUGGACCGUUGAGGUCCGGAUCGGCCGCCGACUCUCAACGCGACGCCCGCAAAAGGGACAAGAACUACAUUGUUUGUAAAGUGAUUCUCCUGGAUGGGUCGGACAUAACCAUUGAUCUUCAGAAAAAAGCCACGGGUCAAAUGCUUCAGGAGCAGGUUAACUAUCACUUGGAUCUGAUUGAAAAGGAUUACUUUGGCCUUCAAUACACGGAUCCCUACAAUGUUCCACACUGGCUGGACCCCACCAAAGUUGUCAAGAAGCAAGUCAAAAUUGGGCCUGCUUAUACAUUCAGAAUGCGAAUCAAGUUUUAUUCGUCGGAACCAAACAAUUUGAGAGAGGAAAUCACCAGGUAUCAAUUCUUCCUCCAACUCAAGCAAGACAUACUCGCAGCUCGCUUGGAAUGUUCUUACGAGACCUCGGUGACCCUGGCAUCUCUAGCCCUCCAAUCCGAAUUGGGUGAUUACGAUGCCGAGGUACACACCCCGGCCUUUGUGUCAGAAUUCCGCUUUGUUCCCCAUCAGAACGAAGAGUUUGAAAUCGACGUCCUUGAAGCCUUUAAGAAGUGCAAAAACAUGAACCCAGCUCAGGCUGAGCUGAAUUUCUUGAAUAAAGCCAAGAAUUUGGAGAUGUAUGGAGUGGAUAUGCACACGGUUCUGGGAAAAGAUGGCUCGGAAUAUUCCUUGGGACUCACACCAACUGGAAUCCUUGUUUUUGAGGGCGAAACAAAGAUUGGCCUCUUCUUCUGGCCAAAGAUAACCAAACUGGAUUUCAAGAAGAAGAAACUCACAUUGAUAGUGGUUGAGGAUAAUGACGAGGGUUUCGAACAAGAGCACACAUUUGUAUUCCGGCUAAGGAACGAAAAAGCCUGCAAACACUUGUGGAAAUGUGCCGUGGAACAUCACGCCUUUUUCCGGCUCCGUGCACCUGUAAAAGGUCCCAACGCAAGACAGAACUUCUUCCGCAUGGGCUCGAGAUUCCGAUAUAGUGGAAGGACCGAGUUCCAGAAUACGGUUGCCUCAAGGGCACGCCGCACGGUACAGUUUGAGCGUCGCCCUAGUCAACGCUAUGCUCGAAGGCAAUCCCAUGUGAUGAGGGAACGAGAGAAGGAUCGCCGUUCCAAGAGGGUCAAGGAUGGAGCUGGAACUACCGAAGGAAAAACCGAGAGUCCUCUCCCCGUUACAUCACUUCUGGACGUAGAUGAUCACAUUGAUCAGACCCCAGCAUCUUCCCUUCCCUUGGUUUCACCUUCCGGGAGUAGCGUCUCAGCCAAAACCACAGGCGAGGCGGAGAACCGGUUAGAUACCUUGAUCAAAUCCCUUCAAAAAGGGGAGACGGAUUCGGGAUCCGGAUCAGUUUCGUCCUUCCGGGCCAAAUCUACCGGCGGGUCUUCCAUCGAUGGGAUUGGUAUGGCAAGAGGUGCUUCUCCCACAAUGAACAAUGCAAUGAACAAUUCCAAGUACAGCGGAGCACAGAAGCCCAUUCCCAAGGAGCAUUACAAGAACAACAUAAUCAAGGCCAAGAACGUCGAAUUGGACUCAUAUCUGAAACAGGGCGAGGAGCGAACGGUUAGUCCAAAUCCGAAUCUCACCAACGGCGAAUCCCCGCCCCCGAAAGAGAUCCCGGACAUGUCCAGUGCUACUUUUGUCUCCGUGGGAGGCGACAAGCUCACUUUGGCCCUCGGGUCUUCUUCACCCACCAAGGCCAACAACACGUUGCUCAACGGACAGAUUUCUCCCAAAUCCGCCGAAGCUGCCGCCUCUUCGGGCUCAGCCGAGUCCUUUGUGGACAGCAAACUCAUCAAUUUGGACUCACCCGUGUCCAAGACUAGUGAAAACGGCUUGGACGACCUCCUCGAGAUGGAGAAGAACCUCAAGAACCAGCCGCACGGAUCCAUAUCCGUCACCCAUUUCUCCACCAUGCUCAACGGCCACGGGGUAGAAAAGGAGACGAUUUUCACGGAUACCCGCACGCCUGCUAACCCCUUUACUAAUCCUUUCCUCAAUGACGACCACGAGACCACGACAGCUAACAAAGGCGACUCUCCUAACCCGUUUAAAUAUAACACAAUAGGGCGAUCCAAUCCGUUCUCGAAGAACCCCUUCCUCGACUCUGACAAAUCCAAAAAGGAGACUCACACCAAUGGGAAAACAUCGGAUACCCAGGGUGACGACAACGAAGAGAACCAGUCGCAGCAUUCGCCAUUAAACAAGAUUGAGACCUCUUUCGCCUCAAACCAACCGGUUACUCGGUCCCUGUCAUCCGUUAGUAAGAAGGGUUACUCCUCUUCGCCCUCCCGAAUUCCGUUACCAUCCGGAAAGAGCUCGGAAAACAACAAGGCCUUCUCAUCUCGUAGCACUUACCAGAGGAACUCCAUCAACAACCAGAUUAACAAUGGAAGCAACCACACCACUAACGGCAUGAAUAGGAACAAGAGUAAUGUGGUGAAUGGCUUCACCACCAGCACCACUAGCUUGGAACAGAUCUCCCCUUGGCUUGUCAACGAUGCCAUCACAAGCAAGAAGGAGAAAGAAAAGUCCAAGAUCCCGCAACUCCGGACCGUGAUCACCACGGAAUUGUAGACAAGACUUGUACAGUUGACCAUUUCUACCACUUCCACACUCUCUGACUUAUUAAGUCCUUACCCGUCCUAUUUGUUGGCAGCUACAUUGUCAUUGUGCCAUAUCCAUUCCUGAUCUUGUACUUCUUCCUUGGUCUUUUUCAUUCCUGGCCCAAAUUGGAGUCUGGGAACGUUUUAAUUUGUCUCUCUCUCGUCCGCAUUUAUCUGACCGUACAACGAAUGACCUUCAAACCAUUGCUCCAGCCGUCCAAACUGAGGCGCUCCCUUGAAUUUGUAUAUUUUCCUACAUCAUUCCUGAUCCCUGAUAUUUUUUGCUAGAUACAAUAAAUUCGUUUUUGUUGAGA